AUGAGCUCCUUAUCUGUAGUUAAUCUUGAGGGGGUUGAUUUAUUUGUGGUUCAGGUCCCAGAAACGGUUAUUAUUUGUCUGGAGGCAUUUGAGAAUUAUAAGAGUGCGCUGGGUAUCUCUGGAGGCAUUAAAAUUCAACGUCUACCAAAGUUACCUAGGUUAAGAUUCGGCCCAGCUUCAGACGAAUUGGUUUUCAAACAAGGUGGCCGCGUGCAAGAAUAG